AUGCUAGGUGUGGAUCUUGAGCCCUCUCUGCUGCAGCCAUCCCAAACAGCUUCAGUGCACUGGACCAUCCAGAAGCCCAGGGCUUGUACAUGUCACCAGGAGAGGCUGCUGCUGCUGCUGUGUGUACUGGCAGUGGCAGCACUGCUCCUGAGCUGCAUGGCCUUGGCCCUGACCCUGACUAAGCACCAAGAGGUGGUGGAAAAAGUGAGGACGCUGGCCUUGCAGCAGAUGACGUGGCGGGAGAACUUGACUGGCAUGGUGGCGCUAGCUGGCCUCAAGAAGGACAUUGACCAUGUAAGAGCUUACACUAACCAAUCCCUGGUGGAACUUUGGAGCUUAUUAGACCCUUCUCGGUCCAUCUGUCCUGAUGGCUGGAUCCCUUUUGAGGGCAAAUGCUACUAUUUCUCCCCAAGCACCAAGUCAUGGGAUGAAGCCCGGAAGUUCUGCCAGGAGAGUUAUUCUCACUUGGUCAUCAUCAAUAGCUUCGCUGAGCAUAGUUUUGUGGCCAAGGCUCAUGGUUCUCCGAGGGUAUAUUGGCUGGGGCUGAGUGACAAGAAUCAAGAAGGAGACUGGAGAUGGCUGGAUGGGUCUCCUGUCACAUUAAGCUUCUGGGACCCACAUGAGCCUAACAAUAGCAACAAUGAGGAUUGUGCCAGCAUGAACAGGGGAGGCACCUGGAAUGACCUCUCUUGCUCCAAAACUACGUAUUGGAUUUGUGAGCGGCAGUGUUCCUGCUGACUGGGAGCAAGGCUGGGUCUGCUCAGGCCUCACUCUCCUGUCUUCUUCCCUGGACUUGGCCUUUUCAGAACUCAUAUGAAUGUGUGGGAAGCACAGUCAGUCACUAGGCAAGCUGCAAGCCUGCCUAUUGGUUGAGCAGGAAGGCGACUCAGAAGGAGGUGGGGCUUUUGGAGAGGGCAGAACACUUGAGAAGGUAGCAGUCACUACUCUUGGAAAGUGAGACUGGCCCUGCUGGGCACUGAGUCAAACAUCGACCCAGGAUGAAAUGCCCUGGCCUCUCUGAACCCUGAUCAGAUAGGUGAUGGUUGAUACUGUCAACUUGACAGGCUCCAGAAUCAUUGAAGAGAGAAGCCUCUGGCAUGUCUGUGAAAAAUUUGCUAUAGUUUAAUUGAGGUGGGAAGACACCACCCCUACAGCCCUCAAAUGUGGGCCGUGCUGUUCUGGGGGAGGGCGCUCCCGGACUGACUGAAAAGGAGAACUGAGCAGCACUAUUCUUUGACCACCUCCUGACUGUGGACUGCACAUGACUGUGGAUUGCCUGCCACUCCUGCCACUGUGCC